UAGGGCCUCGCCCAGGACCUUCGACCCCCGACUCCCAGCAGUCGCCUCAUCGAUAGCUCUGCGCUCGAACUCGGCCUGGUCGAUGCGCUCCCGCUCGGCUCACGUCCUGGGCGGCGGCCGAGCGCAGAGCUGCAUGUGAGCGGCAGCGACCGUGCAUCCUGUGACCUGCAGCUGCGUCCCCCACACCCCCCCCCGCGCCAGGUGUUCCGACCUUUGACCCCUGCAGGCCCGAGCCCUUGAAGCCGCCCCACCAUGAACACGUCCCCGGGCACGGUGGGCAGUGACCCGGUGAUCCUGGCCACUGCGGGCUACGACCACACGGUGCGCUUCUGGCAGGCGCACAGCGGGAUCUGCACCCGCACGGUGCAGCACCAGGACUCGCAGGUGAACGCGCUGGAGAUCACCCCGGACCGCAGCAUGAUCGCCGCGGCAGGCUACCAGCACAUCCGCAUGUACGACCUCAACUCCAACAACCCCAACCCCAUCAUCAGCUACGACGGGGUCAACAAGAACGUGGCGUCCGUGGGCUUCCACGAGGACGGCCGCUGGAUGUACACGGGCGGCGAGGACUGCACUGCCCGCAUCUGGGACCUCAGGUCCAGGAACCUGCAGUGCCAGCGCAUCUUCCAGGUGAACGCGCCUAUUAACUGUGUGUGCCUGCACCCCAACCAGGCGGAGCUCAUCGUGGGGGACCAGAGUGGAGCCAUCCACAUCUGGGACUUGAAGACGGACCACAAUGAGCAGCUGAUCCCCGAGCCCGAGGUGUCCAUCACGUCUGCCCACAUCGACCCCGACGCCAGCUACAUGGCAGCUGUCAAUAGCGCUGGCAACUGCUAUGUCUGGAACCUGACGGGGGGCAUCGGGGAUGAGGUGACACAGCUCAUACCCAAGACCAAGAUCCCAGCACACACUCGCUAUGCCCUGCAGUGCCGUUUCAGCCCUGACUCCACGCUCCUGGCCACCUGCUCUGCCGACCAGACAUGCAAGAUCUGGAGGACGUCCAACUUCUCCCUGAUGACGGAGCUGAGCAUCAAGAGCAGCAACCCCGGGGAGUCGUCCCGCGGCUGGAUGUGGGGUUGCGCCUUCUCAGGGGACUCCCAGUACAUCGUCACCGCCUCCUCUGACAACCUGGCCCGGCUCUGGUGCGUGGAGACCGGUGAGAUCAAGAGAGAGUAUGGUGGCCACCAAAAAGCCGUGGUCUGCCUGGCCUUCAAUGACAGCGUGCUGGGCUAGCCCGCGCCAGCCCACUCCUUCACCUCACGGCCCCUCCCCAGCCUGGCAGGACCUCCACUUGUCUCCACAGCCAGCCGAAAUCCCCGAAGGUCUGGAGUGCUGUGGGGAGUGGAAGCUGCUGUCCUCAUCCUGCCCAGCCCAU